AUGAUCCCAGUUGCUAAGAAAACCGAAUGCGUCAAGGUCGCUGUGAGAUGCCGCCCUAUGUCAAGCGACGAAAUCAGAGACGCGCGGCAAUGUAUCGUUACAGUUGACAGUAAUCGUGGGGAAAUGACAAUUAGAAACCCCAAAGCUGAUGCAUCAGAACCCAUCAAGGUCUUUACAUAUGAUUGCACCUAUGGCUCUGAUUCAGCUCAAGAACAAGUGUACCUUGACACUGGCUACCCAAUUGUGGAAAAUGUCAUUGAAGGCUACAACGGCACUAUUUUUGCCUAUGGUCAGACUGGCACAGGUAAGACAUUCACUAUGGAAGGAAAAGAUGAGCCUAGUGAGCUCCGAGGCAUCAUCCCACGCUCUUUUGACCAGAUCUUCUAUACAGUUGGCCAGAACCCUUCUAACGAGUUUUUGAUCCGUGCUUCUUUUCUAGAAAUCUACAAUGAAGAAAUCCAUGACUUGCUUUCCAAAGAUUACAAUGCUAAGCUUGAUGUCAAAGAAAACCCUGACACUGGAUUUUAUGUAAAAGAUUUGAACUUGUUCGCUGUUAAAAGUGUUGAUGAAAUAAAAGAAGUCAUGAACGCAGGAAGACUGAAUAGACAUACAGGCCAAACUGCAAUGAAUAAGGAUUCUUCAAGGUCCCAUUCUAUUUUUAGCGUUGUGGUAGAGAGAAGUGAGACUGGAAAAGAUGGGGUGACACAUUAUAGGGUCGGAAAAUUAAAUUUAGUUGAUUUGGCUGGGAGCGAAAGACAAAGCAAAACUCAGUCAAGUGGAGAAAGACUGAAAGAAGCGACGAAUAUCAAUAAAUCCCUGCUCACCUUGGGAAAUGUCAUUUCUUCUCUUGUUGAUGGAGCUUCUUCCCACAUCCCAUACAGAGAUUCAAAACUUACCAAACUGCUGCAAGAUUCACUGGGAGGGAACACAAAAACCCUUAUGAUUGCAAACAUUGGUCCAGCUGAUUGGAACUAUGACGAAACCAUAAGCACCUUGAGAUAUGCCAACAGAGCCAAAAACAUUCAAAAUAAGCCAAAAAUCAAUGAAGAUCCUAAAGAUGCCCUUCUCAGGGAGUACCAAGAUGAAAUCGCAAAAUUGAAAGCUGCUUUAGAACUCCAUGGAGCAGGAGGCGGAGGACAAAUAGGCAUCCCAGGCAUGCAGAUGAGAGGCCGCCAAGAAGUUAUUGAAGUAGAAAAGCACGUAUACGUUGAAGACCAAGAAAAAAUCAGAGAAGUCGAAGCCAGACUUGAGCGUGAAAAAUUAGAAAUUGAACAAAACGCCCAAGCAGAAAUCCAAAGAAUCGAAGCACAAAAGAAUCUCGCAGAAGACGAAAAAACAAGACUUAUUGAAGCUCUGAAACAAAAAGGAGAGCACAAAAGAAAAGCAAAAGAAAAGCAACAAAGACUGUUAAAGAAGCUUAAAGAAAUGGAAGAAAAAGUCUGCGUGGGCACUCAGAUCAUGGAGCAAGCUGUAUUUCAAGAGCAAGAACUACAAAAAGCCAAGCAAGAAGUCGAAAAAAGGCGAAAACAAGAAAUGCUGCUUGAGAGACAACUGAAAGAAAAAGAAGAGCUCAAUUUCCAAUUAGUCGACAAGUUUAACUCUUUGCAAGAAGAAUUAGAUACGAAAAAUAAAAAACUGAAAAAAUUGUGGACCAAGUACCAGAGUACUGCAACUGAUUUAAGAGAUAUGAAGCAAGAAAUACAAAGAGAAAAAGAAGAUAUGAUGGACACCAUUAGAGUUUUAACUCAGCAGCUGAAAUUGAAAAGCACUCUGAUAGAAAAUUUUGUGCCCAGAGAAGAAUCAGAAAAAAUAGAGAAGCGAGCACUCUGAGACGAAGCUGAGGAUGAUUGGGUUCUGCAGCCUCUCAAGGCUUCUUCUAAACAAGUGAACUCAAAAAGACCUCAGAGUGCCGUUGGCCUUAAGCAGCCAACUUCAGAAUAUGCUAGAAUUGCGAGAGGUUUAGGCGAUGCAAACACUCGCUUCAGACAUGAAAAUAUCAUUACAUUGGAUCUAGACCUGCCAGAAAGGACAACAGAAGACUAUAAUGGAAUUGUUUCAGAUAAGCUUAGAAACAUUAUCACCAGUAUUCUUAACGAUAUAGAAAAUGAUGCUUCAUUUGUCCCAAUAGAAAGCUACUCCUUUGCUGCUGAAGACGAAAGAAGAUCUUCAGGUACGAAGCGGCCUGGAAGUGCUGCUAAAAGACCUGGAACUGCAACCAGGAAAAAAGAAGGUGCAGAGCCCAGGCCACCUUCUUCUCAGAAUAAAGCAAGAAAAGGGUAA